GUUACUGACAACAAAAGUGAGACUAUGAAGCACAGAGCCUAGAAUGCGGCCUACGUAGCGACUGGGAAAGCGUUGGCAUUUGGGUGAGGCGGACAUGUGUGCAGGUUAGAAGACACCAGGGAGAACAAGAUGAGGUCCAGUUUUACCAAUAACACCGUGGCCAAGUUAGAACAUGAUCUCUGCGAGCUCCUCCGUGACAUAAAUGACUACCAGAGGGAAGGCCCGCCCAUCCACUGCAUCAGGGCCGGGGUCCUGGGCUACCACCGCGAGUCUGACAAGCCCCGACUGGACUUGGCGGACAUGGAGUCAGAGCCUGGAUUAGAGUGGCUGGGGAAGUGCGAGUACUGCCACAGGAUGGCCUGGCCUCUGCUGGACGUGAGAUGGGAAGAAGAGAUGGAGACGCUGUCAGGAUUCUGUUGCAUCGAGCGCCAGAACCUGUGCAUGGCUCUGGUCCAGAAGAGGCCCUCGGUGGAGGCCGAGCAGGAAGAGGAGCCCACCAUGGUCAGGCCGGGACGAGACAAGUCCGCCAUGUACCUGGCGGACGCGCUGCUGCGAGAGAAGAAAGCCCGCAGCAUGAGUCUGGAGAUGCAACGAGGGCUGAGAGAACACUCAGGAUGGAAGAAGGACGAUGAUGGAGUCAAUCGGUCAGCAGAACCCCCCUUCGAAACAACAAACGUCCUCAGCUUCCGACUUGGCGCUGCAGAUCAAGAGUGCUGGGUGGUCAACCGCAACCUGAGGGAAAAUGUUGUGGAAGAUGAUGAGGAGGAAGAGAAGGAGUUGACCUGCGACCACAAGCCAACUCCUUUUGGCAUUUGUCACCAAAAGGAUGGCAAAUUUCAACAGAAGUUUUAUUUGAACGGCAAGACUUUUGUCAACAUGUUCCCGGAUGGCUCAGCUCAGCUCUUUUACCCUAGCGGCCAUGUGGCUCUCAUCGUGGUGGUUACCAAAGACAAAGGAAGGGCUUGCGUAUUAUAUGAUGAAAACCUCAGGACGCCCCAUCGACCCAUCAGAGCCAUCUUCCAGUCUAAUGGCAUGGCCACCUGUUACCACAAAAAUGGAAACAUAUGGCUGAGCCUUAGUCGAUUAGGUGGUCAGUGUUUGGAUGAGACCAGCGUCAGAGUUCGUCGCUGGACCUGGAGAAACCUUCCUCCGCCUCACCUGCCUCCCCUCUUCCUGUCCAUCAAUAGAAAUUUUGGGCUUAGAGUGCUGGCCAAGGACCAAGUGUUUGUCUCUUUCCUGGCUAACGGUCAACAGGCCAGGUGUAGCGUGGGUAGCUGCAGCGUUCAGUGUAAAUGCACAAAAGCGAGACCUUCCCGUGGACUAUCGGUGCUGAAGGAUGAGCUCUUCGUGCUGGCCGCCAGGAUAAAGAUCCACCUGUGUAUCUACCAUCUCAACUGGAGCCUCAUAUCGCCGUUGCAUCAGAAGACCGUUCCAUCCCCGAGCAUCCGUGCUUUUGGCAAGCGGCUUCUGGAGGUCAGCGCUAACAUGUUGAUGAGUCAGCAUGAGCGCAUCUUCAUCCAGGGCUGCCUUCAGGACUGUCUAUAAACGGCACUCAAGAGAAGACCACUGCUUUCAUAGUCACAAUAGCUUUUAUUCAUUGUAUCUCCAAGUUCUGCAAAUAUAAAAAUUAUUUGGAAAU